CUCGAGAGAGUUUCCGCCAGGUCCUCCGCGUCUUCAGGGCUUGUCUCUCGAGCCCCCGAGUCCCCGAGUCUCCACGCCCAGGCCCCCGCUGGAGGAUGCGCUGUGCUCCGUCGGCCCGUGCAGCCCUGGUGCUGUGCGCCGCCACCGCCGGGCUGCUGAGCGGCUGGCCCUCUCAUAGCGCUCCUAUUGGCUUGGAAGCGUGUGGACGGGAGGGGGUGCGCAUCCGAAGCUACCUGGAUUUCUGUGCCCUGGCCUCAAAGGAUGAAUAUUUGGAAAGGUGGACGGGUGGAGAAUGGGGAGGUUGGACGCAGAAGGUCACCAAGGUUUUCACCUCUCAACAGACACAGCUCAAGGCUCAGAACAGCAGGAUCGAGCAACUGUUCCUAAAGGUGGCCCAGCAACAGAGGCAUCUGGAGAAGCAGCACCUGAAAAUUCAGAAUCUGCAGAGCCAGGUUGGCCUCCUGGCCCCCAUGGACCGAGGCAAUGGGGUGGCCAAGCCUACCAGGAGGAAGAGGCUACCCAAAAUGGCUCAACUUGUUAGCCUGGCUCACAAUGCCAGUCGGCUGCACAGGCUGCCCCGGGACUGCCAAGAGCUCUUUGAAGAGGGUGAACGGCAGAGUGGACUGUUCCAGAUCCAGCCUCAGGGGUCCCCGCCAUUCCUGGUCAACUGCAAGAUGACUUCAGAUGGAGGCUGGACAGUAAUCCAGAGGCGCCAGGAUGGCUCUGUGGACUUCAACCGGCCCUGGGAAGCCUACAAGACAGGUUUCGGGGACCCCCAAGGCGAGUUCUGGCUGGGCCUGGAGAAGGUGCACCGCAUCACAGGGGACCGUGGCAGCCGCCUGGCCGUGCAUCUGCAGGACUGGGAUGGCAACGCAGAGUCGCUGCAGUUCCCUUUCCACCUGGGAGGUGAGGACACGGCUUACAGCCUGCAGCUUACGGCACCUGUGGCCAGCAAGCUAGGUGCUGUCACAGUCACGCCAAAAGGCCUCUCCCUGCCCUUCUCUACUUGGGACCAGGACCACGACCUCCGCCGGGACAAGAACUGUGCCAAGAGCCUCUCUGGUGGCUGGUGGUUUGGCACCUGCAGCCACUCCAACCUCAACGGCCAGUACUUUCGCUCCAUCCCACGGCAACGGCAGCAGCGCAAGAAGGGCAUCUUCUGGAAGACCUGGAGAGGCCGCUACUACCCACUGCAGGCCACCACCAUGCUGAUCCAGCCCACAGUGGCUGCAGCAGCCUCCUAGCCACCUUGCUGGGGCCUGUUCCCAGGCUCCUAGAGGACAGUGACUCUGGCUCUGGCCUAGGAUGCGGCCGCUCCAUGCAGGGGCUCCAAGCAGGAGCCAUCUGGAGCCUUGCGGACAGAGAAGAAGCUCAUGACUGGAGGGGCCCCCUUUCUGAGUCGGGGCUGCAGGCAUUGCUCUUGGAGAGCAGACCCUGGAAGCAUGGGAUGAGAGACAUUGAGUCCCACUCCUCGCCCGCCUGAGGAGUUGGGGGUGCAGAAAGACCAGUUGGGGACGGCCAGGCCGGCCCUCGACAGCGGACUCAGUCACAUUGACUGGCUGGGGGACCAGGGCUCCCAUGGGCCCCAGGCGCACUACGGUGCCGUUGUGUGUGCUUACUACAGCAGGAGCUGGCGCCAAUGGUGGCUGGGAGGAGCUCAUGGAAUUCUUGGAAUAAAAGCAACCUCAGAACAUUUCA